AUGAGAAAUGCCAUAAAGAAGUCAGAUUCUACGCCAUCGGAGCAGCGACCUCUAAAGAGAAGAAAGAGAAACAGAGGAGAUAAAAAGGAUGAUUUGACUGAAGAUACUGGAUCACAAGAUACUGAAACACAAGGCUUUUCAAAUGAUCAAGCUAUUGUUGUUGAUGAUUCGAGUGAUGAUGUCCCAAGUCGAAAGGAAGAGCUUAACGCCAUCCCGGUUAUUGAUCUUUCAGAUAAUGACGACAAACCAAACAUAAAGGCAACUACGUCUAAAGAUGUCUCAGGGUGUAAUUCAACUUCUGAUAUCAAUGCUGAGAUUACAGUUGAUGAUGAUGAUGAUGGCGAAGAUGAAGAAGAUGAUGACGAGUUUGAUGAUGUGGAAUUUGAAGAUGUUGAUAUGGAUUCUGUUACACCAAGACCAAGCUCCAAUCUAGCGGGUGACAUUUCACUUCAAAUGGAUAAGCCAGAUCCCAAAAAGAAGAGGAAGACCAAGGCUAAGAAUGUUAUUGAUAGAGAAGAAAAGUUAUUUAGAAAACAGUUUCAUAGAAACUACAUUGCAAUCAUGUCUAUACAUGGGUUUAUAAGGAAUCGUUGGUGUAAUGACAAAUCAAUCCACAACUCAAUUAUGAAACUUAUAUCACCUUCUAUUUAUGAUGAGCUACAUCCUUCAAAGAAUGAUGUUAAAACUCCACAUAUAAGGACAAGAAGAUUUCUAGAUGGCUUACGCCAUUUAUUAGACAGAUGGACCAAAUAUUACAAGGUCACCUCAAAUAAGGGAAUUUUCAAACAUGAUUGGUACGAUUGGUAUGGGUAUGAAAAAACAAGCGUUCCGUUUUCAAGAUUCAGCAAAUGUAUUAUCAAAGGUAGGGGAAAUAGAGAUAUAGGUGCUCAAGGUUUUGUUGCGCUGUUGAGAGCAGCUGGUGUUCCUUCUCGGUUGGUGUUUUCACUCCAACCACCAGACUUUACUUCAAUGGCAAUCAAGAAGAAACCUGAAGAAUUGGAUACAAAGGUUUUGGGCGAGGUUGAAUUGAAUUAUCCAGUGUUCUGGGCUGAAGCAUGGGACUCGUCUUCUAAAACCUGGAUAACCAUUGAUCCAAUACAAUUCAAAAUUAUCGAGAAUGUUAAACUCAAAAGCAAACUAGAGCCACCGGCCAAUUACCCAUAUAAUAAUUUGAUUUAUGUUUUAGGGUAUGAUCGAAAAGGUGGUGUAAGGGAUAUUACAAAACGGUAUGCUGAAAAAUAUUAUGCUAGAACCAGAAAGAAAAGAAUAACAAAAGAUGAAGCUGAUGAAAUCUGGUAUUCUGAUUUCAUGGAAAGCUUAUCAGCAAGAGAAAGAAACAUAUCUGAUGAUUAUGAGGAUGAAUAUUUCAAGAAGAAAGCAACACUAGAGGGAAUGCCUGAUAACAUCCAAGAUUUUAAAAAUCAUCCUUUUUAUGUUUUAGAAUCUCAUUUGAGAGCCAAUGAAAUUCUUCACCCAAAAGAGCAUUGUGGUAUGAUUAGAACUAAAGGUAAGAAUGAUUCAAUCAAAGUUUAUAGAAGAGAAAAUGUUCAGACUUUGAGAUCUCCAAGAGGAUGGUUUCAGCGUGGUCGUAUAUUGAAAACUGGGGAAAGACCAAUGUUAGUGAGAAAGAAGACACCUGCUCAAAUGAAAGAUGAUGAUGAUGAUCCAGAUGAGAGGCUUUAUGCUAUUUUCCAAACAUCUGUCUAUGUUCCACCUCCUGUGAAAGAUGGAUUAAUAACAAAAAAUUCAUACGGUAACAUUGAUGUUUAUGUACCAUCUAUGGUUCCUGAAGGAGCGGUAUUGAUCAGUACACCUUUUGCAUCAGAUGCUGCCAAACUAAUCGGAAUUGAUUAUGCACCUGCUGUUGUUGGCUUUAAAUUUGAAAGACGUGGUGCUACUCCUAAGAUUGAAGGGGUUGUUGUUGCGGAAGAGUUUAAGGAAGCUGUUGAAUCGGUACAGGAGCAAUUGAAGGAGGAAUCUAUCGAAAAGCAAAGAUCUGAGUUAGAAAUACGGGCACUUAAAGGAUGGAGCUUGUUAUUGGCUAAACUUAGAAUCAAACAGAGACUUAAUGCACAACAUGGUAAAGUUGAUGAAGAUACUGAUGGA